GGUAGUUUUUGUUUUCACGAUUAUAUUGGUAAAUACUACAAGCACUUCCAUAGCCCGAUAUAUUUAUAAUCACACCUAAGUAGACUACCUAGGUAUUCCUCUGCGUUAGGUAUGUUGGAUCCUAACAGCUAUGCCGUUGGAUGGAUAUGCGCUGUCGGAAAAGAGCUUGUCGCAGCACAAGCAUUUCUUGAUGAAAAAUAUGAUGCUCCGGAUGACGUGCCUGUCAAUGACAACAACACUUAUACGUUGGGCCGAAUGGGAAAACAUAAGGUUGUCAUUGCGGCGAUGCCACAUCGGCAACAGGGACUCGUUAGUGCUGCGAUCGUUGCCAGAGAUAUGGUACGCAGUUUUCCUAGCAUCCGCCUCGGCCUGAUGGUAGGCGUUGGCGGGGGCGCACCGAGUUCUAAGCGCGAUAUUCGUCUGGGAGAUGUCGUUGUAAGCUCUCCCGGCGCUGGGAAUGGCGGUGUAUUUCAGUACGACUAUGGGAAAACAAUUCAGGGGCAAAGGUUCACGGUUACAGGUCAUCUGAACCAACCGCCGCUAUUUAUGCUAACGGCAAUAGCUGCACUCCAAGCUGAUUAUACGAUUGAAGGCCAUACCAUCCAAAAGAGGAUUAAUAGUAUCAUCCAGGAACAGCCUCAAUUACGGGAGGCAUACAAACGGCCGAGUAUAACCACCGAUAGACUAUACAAAUCAAACUUCAAGCAUCAAGACGGAGACGAGGCAACCUGCGAAAUGGUCUGUGGUAAUGAUGAAUCAAACUUGGUACCACGAAUCGAGCGAACGGAGGAUCAAGACAGUCCUGCAAUCCACUACGGUCUCAUCGCUUCCGCGAAUCAAUUAAUGAAAAACGCAUUGGUUCGGGACGAGCUCUCAAAAGAGAAGGGGGUGCUAUGCUUUGAGACGGCAGCCGCAGGGCUCAUGAAUCACUUUCCCUGCGUGGUCAUUCGUGGUAUAUGUGACUACGCAGACACGCAUAACAAUUCGGCAUGGCAAGGCUACUCAGCGAUGACGGCAGCUGCAUACGCGAAGGAUCUCCUGAGUAAAGUUGCACCGAAUAAAGUAGAAGCUGAGAGGAGGCUAGGUGAGGUUUUGCCUGAGGGUUACCUAGUGGCUUUAUUUAAUGAUGCCGUGUCUUCCUAUAUGCAAAAGAUAAGUUAGGUAGUAACAAUUUCAUAGUUGAGGAUACAUUAGCGAGUAAAUAGAUAAAUGCUUCUCACAAGAAA